AGUGGACAUUUUGACAGCCGCACUGAGCAAACAUGGCGGCGGCCGUAGAUAGUGUUGUGAAAGUGUAAGUUGUCCUUUAUUUAUUUUUUAACGAGUAGGUGCAUUUGACACUUUCAGAGAUUUAAGUCCCGACGUAGGAGUUGACAAUGUAUUGGAAACUAUGUAGAACAUGGCUAUUUGCCGUCUAGUUAUCUUUACAGCAAAGCGUUGUCUACACGUAGCUAGCCAACUAGCUAUGUGGCUAUUGUUUCUCUAGCAAGUUUAGCUAGCCUAUGUUAGACAACAAUGCUUCAAUUGAAAAUGGUUGUCCUUUGUUAACUUACUGUAAACAAGACGGAAGUUUAUAAACGGUCGACAUAAAGAUUAUGGUGUGAAUUUAAAUUGCACCUAACGUUAACUAAUAGCUACGUAGCUAGCUUUAUAGCUAGGCCCAGCGUAGCUUGCUUGCCAACAAUUGAAGCGCACCCUGUCUGCGGUUCUGCAUUGUCUACCUACUGUAGCUAGGUAUUAUCCUGUAAUAUUACAGUGAACGGAGUGGUCCUGUACAACUAUACAUAAUUAUUCGUUUUGAAAUGGUUAGAAUAACGACUAUGAUCAUUUCUAGUCUAGCAUGAGUGUGAUUUGUGUUUUAUUGAUUCAGGCUCGGGGAGCAGUACUAUAAGGAUGCUAUGGAACAGUGCCACAGCUAUAAUGCUCGUCUGUGUGCGGAGAGGAGCAUCCUUAUGCCUUUCAUCGACUCUCAGACUGGUGUUGCUCAAAGCAAUUGCUACAUCUGGAUGGAGAAGAGACACAGGAGUGCAGGUCUGUAGCGAAGACACACACACACACACAUUCACUCCCUCAAAAGCACACUUUAAUGAUCAACACUUUUUCAUCCAUAUAUAUAUUUUGUUCAGGCAUGGCUGCUGGGCAGCUGUAUAGCUAUCCAUCUCGACGCUGGAGGAAGAGACGUCGGUCCCACCCUCCUGAGGACCCCCGUUUGGCCUUCCCCCCUAUCAAAUCAGGUACAAUUCCUUUUUAUUGUUUGUUCUUAAUGUCAGAGGGCACAGUGUGGCCCGGUAGUCUUCUGCCUCUUCAGUAUUGAAUAAGCCUCUCUCGCUCUGUGUAGCGGAGCUGGAGCUGGGUCUGAAACGGGAUGUCGUGGGCGCGGUGGACGGCAGCAGCCUAGAGGCCCUGCUGAAGGGGGAGCCCCUGGAGAGGAGGGGCCCGCCGGACCCCCGGGCCCCGGAGGACAACCCAGCCACACCUGAACCCGUGGCCGCCACAGUCUCCAGCCACACCUCCUCUGGACGCAUCCGCAAGGUUAGAUGGAACCUCUGACCUCCCUAGAUCAAUGAACCAAAUAUAUAUUUUUUAAUGCACAUUUUACAAACGAGGCUCUGUCAGUGCACCUGUCUUAUCUUGAACUCUACUCUGCUUUCAGAGGGUGCUGGACCACGAUGACUACCUGGAUGAUCUGGACGAUGAGGACUUUGAGGACGAGACCCCAAAGAGACGAGGGAAGGGCAAGUCCAAGGGUCGUGGAGUGGCCAAUGGAAAGAAGAAAAUGGAGGCAGCCGCUGCAGCCCUGGAGGAGCAGGACAAACCUUACGCCUGUGACAGUGAGUAUAGAUUUAUUCGAUGUAAAUUCUGGUGUAUGUGCAUGUAUGAUGACUUACUCCAUAAUGAUGUGUGUGUUUGCAGUCUGUGGGAAGCGCUAUAAGAACCGUCCGGGCCUGAGCUACCACUACACACACUCCCAUCUGGCGGAGGAAGAGGGGGAGGACAGAGAGGAGAUAGAUUCCCCUCCCCCCCGGCGCCAUCCUGAGGAGCACAAGAGUGAGUCACUGUCUGGAAUGAUAGCUACUGGAAUCAUGAGUCACAUUCUACUAUAGAGCUGGUCACAUUUCUAUUAUAGAUCUAGAAACUCCUGCUUAUCUCAUGAUACCAGACCUGGGUCAAAUGCAUGUCUUAACAGUUGAGGUGCGCUUCAUUUACUACAAUGGAAUCAAUGGAAUAGUCCCAAAAGUGCAUACCCAAAGCUAAAUGAAGCACACCUCAAGAGCGAGUCAAACUAUUACAAAGUUAAAGAGUCACUCUACUCUAGUUUCAGAGGGAUGUCAGUGUUCUAGGGCAGGUUGAGUGUAUUUCAUUCUCAUUGUUCUCUGUCUCCUCUCUUAUCUCAGCUCCUAAGAAAGGCCCUAACGGUCUGGCCCUGCCCAACGACUACUGCGACUUCUGUCUGGGAGACUCCGCCCACAACCAGAAGACCGGCCAGUCAGAGGAGCUGGUGUCCUGCUCAGACUGCGGACGCUCAGGUAGGAACCUCCUACCCACACCCCACAUUUCCAUUAAAGGGAUAGUUCAGGCAAAAUCUAUAUUUGGGUGGAAUGACCCUUACCUUGAGUUGUCUGAAGGCCCAGGGUGACAGAAUCCACAAUAAUCCAUUAUUUAUUUCUGCCACAGCCAGGAGUUAGCAUCGUCAAAAUUCAUGAAUGUAAACAGCCAAACUGAUGUUAUCAAUGCUGCUCUAUAACUCCUUAGUGUAGUCCUCUGGCUCUAUUUGAGUGUUCUGUGGAUGUAUUUCAACCUUUAUUUUGCCAGGUUGGUAAGUCAUUGACAACAGACCUGUGUCUGUCUCCCUUCAGGUCACCCGUCCUGCCUGCAGUUCACAGAUGUGAUGAUGGCAGCUGUAAAGACGUACCGCUGGCAGUGUAUCGAGUGCAAGUGCUGCAACGUCUGUGGUACCUCAGAGAACGACGUGAGUGCUGCUCCACCUCUGCCUUCUCAUACUUCUCCUGUUCUGUGUCUCCUCACACACACUGUUUCUCUGUCUGUCAGGACCAGCUGCUGUUCUGUGAUGACUGUGAUCGAGGAUACCACAUGUACUGCCUCGACCCUCCUAUGACUGAGCCCCCAGAAGGUAUGUCACAGUCUAACCACAACUUCUCUUUGAUGUCAAUGAAGCCCACAUUUACUAUGUUGAACUGGUGAGUUUCCAUGUAUUAAACUCUCUCUCUCUACAGGGAGUUGGAGUUGUCACCUUUGCCUGGCGCUGCUGAAGGACAAGGCAUCCAUAUACAAGCAGCAGAGCCUCACCACAGAGGAUGAAUAGCGGUUAGUUGUUAGUAUCUUUGGGGCCACCCCAGAGUAACCCACCCUGCCCUCAGCCAGGGGACCCCACCUUACCACCCCACACAACGACAGUAGCUCCUCACACCCUGGUCCGCACCCCCUCAAUGACCAGGAGGUAGGGUGUGGGUCUGGUUGGGGACUGGAGAGGAGGGAGUCCUCUCCCCACCACCCUGUAGGCAUGCCCCUUCCUGUCUCUCCUCCUAUCACGGCUGUUAACUCACCCGGACUGUUACACACUCUGCAGAGACCACCGUAACCCUGGUAACCACUGUCUCUACAGAGUUCAUGUUAGAAAGAAAGGAUUAGCAUCUCAUGCUAACUAUUCCCCAACUCAACUCCCCCUCUCCUUUAUAUGGUGUGGACUGCUAAGACAGGCAGUGUGCUUAAUUUGUUGCCAAAAUAUCUAUUUGUACUUGUUAAAAAAAUAACCAAGUGUAUGGAUUUAAGGAUUCCAAAAUAUGAUCACAUUGUUGAGGGAUAUUAAGUGGACUUUUGUAGUGAAGUUGUCUGUGUACUUCUUUUGGAUGUUUUAAAAACAUUUUUAUCUCAAAGGUUUUCCUGCAACAACAAAUAUUUAAGGAACCUCUGGUGCCAAGGUCCAUAUGUUGUGUCCCAAAUGGCAUCCUAU